AGGCGUGGCUUAUGGAUGCCAUUCACUUCCUGCUUUUUUCCUGUCGCCUGAUCAGCUGCUGGAGCUUUUCGUCAGACGAGAGACGGUCACCAUGUCGCACCAGACGGGCAUUCAAGCGGGCAAUGAUGUGAAAGACAUUUUCGUCAGUGCCAAAAGCGGAGACGAGUACCGCGUCUUGAAGAUCAUUAUCGAGGAAGAGCAGCUGACUUUGGCCACCGCAAGGAAGGCAUCCAAGACGUGGGACCAGGAAUAUGACUCUUUAGUGCUGCCCCUCCUGGAGGACUCCAUGCCCUGCUACAUCCUGUACAGGCUGGACUCCAGAAACAACCAAGGCUUUGAGUGGGUCUUCCUUGCCUGGACUCCGGACCGGUCUACUGUGAGAAACAAAAUGUUAUUUGCUGCUACCAGAGCCACACUGAAGAAGGAGUUUGGAGGCGGCCACAUCAGGGAUGAGAUGUUUGGCACCACAAAGGACGACCUGAGCCUGAGUGGAUACAGGAAAUAUCUGACCUCAGAGGCGGCACCGCUGCCCUUCACUGCUGCUGAGGAGGAGCUGAGACAGAUUAAACUACAAGAGGUGCAGACGGACAUUAGUGUGGACUCCAAGCAGCAGACCCUUCAGGGCGUGGCCUUUCCCAUUCAUAAAGAUGCAAUGGCAGCAUUGGAGCGUUUCAGGGAGAGGCAAAUCAACUACGUACAGCUGCAAGUGGACGCGGAACAGGAGCUCAUCCGCUUGUGUAGCACCGAGCAAACCGAGCUGAGGGACCUGCCGUCCAGGAUCCCCAAAGACUGUGCACGCUACCACUUUUUCCUCUACAAACACUCCCACGAGGGAGACUUCCUGGAGUCCACGGUCUUCAUUUAUUCCAUGCCGGGCUACAAGUGCAGCAUCCGAGAGAGGAUGCUCUACUCCAGCUGCAAAAACCCUCUGGUCGACAUGGUGGAAAACCAGCUGAAGAUGGAAAUCGAAAAAAAGUUGGAAAUCGACAACGGCGACGAACUGACCAGCGACUUCAUGUACGAAGAAGUGCACCCCAAGCAGCAUGCGCACAAGCAGGCCUUCGCCAAGCCCAAAGGCCCGCAAGGGAAGCGAGGCAACCGCCGCAUCACCCGACCCCCCGCCGACAGACAGGAGGACGAUUAGGAACAGACCUCUCAGCACCCUGUACACGUUCCACACUGGAACAUCCUGAGAUGGAGGUACCCCACGUUGCUCGUUUUAAAAGAAAAGAAAAAAGGAUGACGACCUCGCAUUCCCUACCAGGUUUUUUUUCAGCUAUGCACGCCAAGGACACGUGAGCAACUGCACAGUUCAGCAGUUUAGGUUUCUCCUGUGAGAUCAUUCCCAGCCAAUCAUUCCUAGUAUGUCUUAACACCCCGCCACGUAUUUUUUUAGGUCGCCCAAAUUCUUAACUUGCAUUCCUUAAAUCACUUAAUCUGUGUUUAACGUGUGUGUGUGUGUGUGUGUGGGGGCGUGGGCAUGUGUGAGUGUGUGGGCGUGUGUGUGUGCGCGCACAAGCCUGGUGCUCCAAAACAGAGAUGAUAAUUUUUCCCACUCAUAAUUACAUUUUAUAUUGCAUUUUUUUAUAUAUACAUAACUGUGGUUUACAUUGAGAGCAAGAGUGAAAAAAACAAAAAUCAUCUGCUGAGAAACAUAUUUUUCUAUGCAAGUGCUGUAAAUGUACAUAUUGUAGUUGUGUGUGUGUGUGUGUGUGUGUGUGUGCGUGUGUUUGCGUAUGUCUGUUUUUUGGUGGUGAUGUCGUCGAGGAUCACAGUGGAAUUGAACACGGGGCUUCCAGAAAUAUUUCAUUCAUAUAAAUGAUUUGCCGCAGAGGAAGCUGUGUGAAUAAGAGAAAUAAAUAAGAGGCAUCUCACCAAGGAGUAGGAAAGGGAAUUUAUUCAAAGUGUCACCACAGCCACUCAUUCGUCUACUGAUCACCAUUAUUAGGCUAACGACUACACUCACCUCAUCCUGUAAUCAUCCAGUGUCAUUAGAAGUAGACAAGUUUGGUCUUAUUUGUUUUCUUACAGAACUUUCUUUUUAAGGAAAAUAAAAUAUUUAAAUUGCACAUCA